AUGAAUCAAAACAUGGCGGCUGCCAUGGAGCUGCGAUGCUGGGGAGGAGACUGGGGUUUGCCUUCUGUCCACACCGAGUCUCUGAUAGUUCUGGCAUAUGCCAAGUUUUCUGGGGCAAAGGUCACAGUUUCUCCUAUAGACUGGACAUGGAAAACUCUAACAGCAUCAGUCCCAGAGUUGCUUUGUGGAGACGCUGCAGUUCAAGAACCUACACAGAUUCUCAACUUCCUGAGGAAACAGAGGUUUAAUGCAGACUAUGAGCUCUCAGCCAGACAAGGAGCAGACACUAUGGCAUACAUCGCUCUACUUGAAGAGAAACUACGACCAGCUCUGUUGCACACUUUCUGGGUGGAUGCGGAAAACUACGCCAAUGUGACACGGCCAUGGUUUGCUUCACGCUCGCCGUUCCCUCUUAACUUUUUUGUCCCUAGUCGUCAUGCCAACACCGCCCUCUCCCGCAUCCUUCUAACCAAAGGAGAGGCGCCGCUACACAGAAUCACUGAGGUGGAGGGAAAGAUCUACAGUGAUGCUAAAGAGUGCCUGAAUCUCCUCUCCUACAGACUGGGAUCUGCAAACUACUUUUUUGGCAACUCGCCGACCAGUCUGGAUGCCUUUGUGUUUGGUUUUGUGGCUCCACUUUACAAAGCCAGUCUCCCCAGCAGCCCUCUGCAGAGCCACCUCAGACAGCUGGACAACGUCACACACUUCUGUGACAACAUCCUUGCAGUCUAUUUCAGCUCGGACUACCCUUGUCCUCCCCCACCUGUUCAGGAAACAAUGGAUGCCAACCUCCAGAAACUAACUCAGCUUGUAAAUAAAGAGUCCAACUUGAUAGAGAAGAUGGAUGACAACCUUCGCAGCAGCCCUCAGCACAAACCCCACAGGCCAGACCCCAAACCCAGCCUGGCCAGUGAGAAGAGCUCUACCCCUGCCUAGCCCCUGACCUAACAACCCUGAUCCAGCCUUAUGAAUGGAGGAGGAACCGCCUAUAGAUGAAAGGUGCAGUUCUGAAUCUGACUCAACAUCCUGAAAUCAAAAAAAUGUCAUCCAGCUGAACUAUAGCUUGAAUGGCAAGUAACUAAUGCAAGUAUGACUUUAUAAUUAUUAAAGAGACUAUUUUGCAGUAAGAUAAUGAUGAUAGAUUUCAAAGAUGUUAGUUUGGAAACGUUGGAAAAGUGCAUGUGUGAGGUUUUUAAAAAGGUUGAGCGCAUGUACAUGGUCUAGGAUGGAAUGCUAUGAAGUGGUGCUUGAUGAGAAAGACACAGAAAGUUCAAAGGAAAGCCAAAAUGAAAUGCAAAGUCCAGCAGGGGGAAGAAGUGGAACUGUUUGACCUCUGAGUGGGCCACUUGUCCAUUUCUUUAUUAACCUCUUCUUCUUCCUUUUGCUUUCUCUAAAAAAUAUGUAUUUUCUGUUCAAAAUGUUCUGUUCCUCAUCACGUAGCAGUUGAAGAACCAUGGGAAACACAUGGAAGUGUCCCCAUGAGGAUAUUGAAAUUAUUGAGCUAAAGAUACCUUGGUCACAAAAGUAAAAUGGCUUUCAGAAAGAUUUGGGUAGUUAUCUUCUGUUACUCCAGUUCAUAAAUUUGUGUUGUAUCAUAGAGGACCUCAGAUCCUUUAGCUGAGCACACAUCCUUCCUCAUAUCCACUAUAAAAUGUCCUGUAAAUUCUAAUAACAUUUAAAUUGGUGUAAUGUACAGUAUGUAUGCAGUCAUGACUAUCGGAAUAACCAGUUACUUAUUUUGCUUUGCUCUCACCGCUUUGUAUAGCUUGUAUAGUUGUAAAUAGUUUUAUGAUUAAAAGCAAUGCAAUUUAAGUUUCCUCUAAUAGGGCUGAUUAGCUAGGUCUUUGCUAGGUACACUGAGGUAAUGGAAGGGCCUUACACACUGUAUUAACUUAUUCAUGCAAAACAUGUGCGACUAAUGUGUGUUUGUGUGUGUGUUUUCCCAAGGACUAUCAGAAACCAGUGUGUCUUUAAUUAUUGUUUCUUCGAGAUAUUCUGUGUCCUUAACAGUCCACUCACCUCUGCUGUUGCCAUGGUUUUCCACAACCAUCUUUGUUUACAUUUUUCUGCUGUGUUGUUGUUUGCUGUGCCUAUUUAAUGAUCACCUUGCUAAAAAUGAAACAUCUUUCCCAUUUGGGUAUGUCUCAUUAGCUGCCUUUUGUUUUGUUUUUUUGGUUUGCUUUCUUUUUACCGUCCGAAUCUCUAAAACUGAAAUUGGACUAUGAACUCAGUUGCCACUGGUGUUUGUUUAUUUGUUGUUCCCUAACAUCCUCACAGCUCACACAUUACUGAACUGUAUCAACUCCAUGAGAAUGCUUUCCUGAUUUCUCUCUGUCUCAGUCUAAAAGUAUUAAUACUUGUAAAGAUACUUGAGCUCUCGCAACUUCCAAAAUAAUCACUUCAUGGUUACAUUCCCUUUAAAGGACCAUAUCCUGAAACAAAAGCAUUCAUUGGGAUGUGUGUUUGUGCUGCCAAUUACAAAAUGUUGUUGGACUACAAAUAGGCUUGUGAGGACCAGGCAGUGUGCCUUCAUGACUGCUGGUGUGUUUGUACAGCUGUCAACAUGUUAACCGUGUAUUUCAUAAUUUUGAUACGUUGUCAUAAAUUAUCUUCAUCAUUUCUGUUACAGUUCAUUCUCUGUGGAUGGUCAGUAACAACUGUCUUCAUAUUAUUGAAAUACAAAUAUGAUUAUCCAACCAUGGCCACUGUCUUUUUUUCAAGCAAAAUAAACAAAUAAUAUAAAAUG